GGAAGAUGUUUGUCUCUAUGGAUGUUACCUUUUGGGAAACAGAGGUUUUUUAUUCUCCCUCCAAACCAUCUCUUCAGGGGGAGCAUCAGCAGGAGGAGGAGAUAUUUACUUUUUAUAAUCAUAGUGAGGGGGAGAAGGAAAACACUGGAGAGGAACCAAUAUCUGUUGAAAGGGAAACACAAGAUAUUGGUGGUGACAUUGAAGAACAACUACUUGCACAACUGCAAGGAGCUGGCUUACAGAGGUAUGCUAGACGGAAAAAUAGACAGUCUUCAUGUGCGUUACCACUUAGUCAAUCACAAUCACCCACUCCAGUUCCAGAUUCCUCAGCUGACUCUUCUGAAUUGGCAGGAUGCAUUCAAGAUACCUAAGUGGAAAGGAGCUAUGGUAGAAGAGAUGACAGCUUUGAAACAAAAUGGCACCUGGGAUCUAGUGUCACUUCCAGGAGGGAAAAAACCAGUUGGCUGCAAAUGGGUGUUCACUAUUAAGCAAAAGGCUGAUGGUACAGUUGAGAGAUACAAGGCAAGGCUUGUUGCCAGAGGUUUUACUCAAACUUAUGGUAUUGACUAUGAGGAGACGUUUGCUCCGGUAGCGAAGAUGAAUUCUGUGCGAGCUUUCCUCUCGUGUGCUGCCCACUUAAAUUGA